AUGGACAUCCUGAAGUCGGAGAUCCUGCGGAAGCGGCAGCUGGUGGAGGACAGGAACCUGUUGGUGGAAAAUAAAAAAUAUUUCAAGCGUAGUGAACUUACAAAAAAAGAAGAGGAAGCAUAUUAUGAAAGAUGUGGCUACAAGAUACAGCCAAAAGAGGACGACCAGACACCAUUAACUUCAUCGAAUCCAGUAUUAGAACUUGAACUAGCAGAGGAAAAAUUACCAAUGACCCUUUCUAGACAAGAGGUUAUCAGAAGAUUAAGAGAAAGAGGAGAACCAAUCAGACUAUUUGGAGAAACUGAUUAUGAUGCUUUUCAGCGUUUAAGAAAAAUAGAGAUCCUGACACCAGAAGUUAACAAGGGAUUGAGGAAUGAUCUGAAAGCAGCUUUGGAUAAGAUUGAUCAGCAAUACCUCAAUGAACUUGUGGGUGGUCAAGAACCUGGAGAGGAAGACACACAGAAUGACUUGAAAGUUCAUGAAGAAAACACCACAAUUGAAGAGUUAGAGGCAUUGGGAGAAUCUUUAGGAAAAGGUGAUGAUCAUAAAGACAUGGACAUCAUUACCAAAUUCCUUAAGUUUCUUCUUGGUGUUUGGGCUAAAGAAUUGAAUGCCAGAGAAGAUUAUGUGAAGCGCAGUGUGCAAGGCAAACUGAACAGUGCUACUCAGAAACAGACCGAGUCUUAUCUCAGACCCCUUUUCAGAAAGCUGCGGAAAAGGAAUCUUCCUGCUGAUAUUAAAGAAUCCAUAACAGAUAUUAUUAAAUUCAUGUUACAGAGAGAAUAUGUGAAGGCUAAUGAUGCUUAUCUUCAGAUGGCCAUUGGAAAUGCCCCAUGGCCCAUUGGUGUCACUAUGGUUGGUAUCCAUGCCAGAACGGGUAGGGAAAAGAUUUUCUCCAAGCACGUUGCACAUGUUUUAAAUGAUGAAACACAGCGGAAAUAUAUUCAGGGAUUGAAGAGGUUAAUGACGAUUUGCCAGAAGCACUUUCCUACAGAUCCAUCAAAAUGUGUGGAGUAUAAUGCACUGUGA